AAUAGGCGGCACCUAUCCGAUGUAAACAUCAACAUUCAAUAAAGAAAUCGUGACUCAAACUAAUCCUAACCUACGCACUAGUUACUUCAAGAAAACUAAGAUUUAGAUGUAGAUCUAUAUAUUACAGCUGUUUUAAUCCGCAAUUGCAUAUCCAUUAUGUCAACAUAACGAUGACUUUGUUUUACUAGAUCUAUGAAGUCACAUACAUUCCAAGAUGACCAUUGGUUGGAAAACACUGGAUGUAGGAGAAAAGGCAUUAAUUUAUAGUAAAAAUGGAAGAGCGCGGGUUGAAGAAGGACCACAGCGGCUUUAUUUGUUUCGUGAAAAAUUUAAAAAGAUGACCUGUUAUUCUGCUAGUCAAAAGGAAUUUCUAGUGAUCAAAUACAAGAAUGGCACUACUGAACAUAUAAAAGGGCCAUGUAUCAGACAUAAGAAUGAAAUACACCACUUGAGCAUUGAGGUCAGGAGCUUGAUAUCCCUGGAUGCCAAUGAAGUUCUCGUGGUCUACACCCAAGACAGUCCGAGUGUCAGGAGGAGGGUUCAGUAUGGACCAACUUUGUUUUUACUGGGAGAAAAUCAAUGGCUGCAUGAGUUUUGCUGGCAUGGAACUGACCCUGAAAACAAAACUAGAAUGAUUCCAAACAGGCACAGAUUCACAGCCCUCAAAGUCAUCCCUGAUCAGUUCUACUACAAUGUUGAUGAGGUCAGGACAGCUGAUGACGCACUAUUGAGGGUAAAGUUGAUGAUGUUUUAUGAACUGACGGACAUUGAGAAGAUGCUGACCUCCACAAAAGAUCCAAUGGCUGAUUUUAUCAAUUGCCUUUGUGCAGAUGUUAUAGCAUUCACAGCAAGAAAGAGCUACGAAGAAUUUAUUGAAACCGCGAGUGAAUUGAACGACCUGACCAACUACCCGCUGCUCAUGGAACGCUGCAAGACCAUUGGUUACUCAGUGUCCAAGGUUGUGUUUCGAGGCUAUUAUGCACACGACAAGCUGCAGAUGAUGCAUGAUGUUAUGAUUAAAAGGAGAACAGAACUCAGGCUAAAGUUUGAGAGUGAGGCCCAGGAACAGUCGCUGAUUGACAUGAAGCUGCAAGCAGAGAUCAACCGGCUGGAACAAGAACAAGAGAUGGAGCUGGAGAAUUUACUUCAUGCUCAGAAAAUGGAAAAAUCGGCGCUGGAGCACCAGAUGAGCCUGGAGAAACAAAGCCACGUCCAAAAGUUGCAGAAACAAAGAGAGAAAAAUCAGGCACUGCUAGAUUCCAAGGUCCUGUCUGAUAGACUGGAGUUUGAGCACCUGAAGGACCUCCACAACCUGAACGUAGAUGUGGCCAGACUUUUAGAGGUGCAUGCUGGAAAACCUGGCAAGGUGACCGCCAUCUUUGUAGACCAGGGGACAGCCACGCUGCACCUGCAUCAUAACGAUCCAACGCACCCAAUCCUUGGAGUGACCAGCAGUCAACUGAUGACCUAGUUAAGAUAUUUGAUGACCAUCAACACCAUAGCGCUAGAGUAGACCAGAAUUACCACGACUAUGUACACCAAGGCGUCGAAUGCUUCAGCGCUACGGGCAUGAUCUGAGGAAAAACAUUACUCUCAUUAAUACUAGGAUCU